AUGCCCAAAGCCAUUAUCCUGAACGCUACUACAAUCUCGUCCUACACAGAUGCAAUAUUCGAUACCAAGCCAACAACUCUUCGUCGCCUCGAAUGCCCUGCACAAAAUGUCACUCGAUAUCAGUCACUAAGGGUAGCCGGCUCUGCCAGCACCAAAAUCGAAUAUGUGUUCCCGCUCAAUCUGCGACAGAAUCUGCCUCUUCUUCCGACUCUUCUUAGUGCUAUAGUAGAAGCCAUCCGAUUUCUAGGCCCCAAAAAUUGUGUCCUAUCCAUUGUUGAAGGCAAUUCUCCCGACGGCACCUUCGAAGUAGUUGAAGCUAUACGGCCCGGCCUCGAAGAUCUUGGCAUCACCUACUUCUAUCAGACGACGGCGCUUAAUCCAUCCGACGGCGAUCGCAUUGAGAAGCUCGCAGCCCUCCGGAACGCAGCUCUCCAACCAAUCUUCGAUAACCCUGACAUGGUGUCUCCAUCAUCCACGGUCAUCUUUCUGAACGAUGUACUGGCAUGCGCAGAGGAUAUUCUCGAAUUAACGCUCCAGCUGCGCC